UUUUAAUUUCACACCAUUUUUUCAUUUAAAAUGAUUUAAAAAAAUAAGUAUGUAGGAAUUUUUUUUUGAAUAACUGAGUAAUUACUGCCAACUCUUAAAAUGGAGAGAUAUAAGAAUUGGUAUCAAAUGAAGACGCAUACAACGAGCGGAUCGAGCUCUCCAACAUUUGCAUUCUAUUCCAAUUCCAAUGGGUGAUAUUCUCGCUCAUCGUCUUCAGGCAGUUCUGCUGACAUUAGUUGGCACGGCGCUGGCCUUACCAAACGAUCGUCGCUACAAUGUAGGAGAUGAAGUCCCUUUCUAUGUCAACAAAGUGGGUCCCCUCAACAAUCCCAGUGAAACUUAUGAAUACUAUGACUUGCCUUUCUGCUCUCCAGGCCAAGUGAUACACAAGAAGGAAUCCAUUAGGGAGGUUCUCAAUGGAGACUGUUUAACCAACACCUUGUAUGAGUUGAAGUUUGCAGUGAAUAAAUCCCAUGUUUUUCUGUGCCGUAAGAACCUCAGCAGUGAUGAGGUAGCUACAUUCAGGGGUGCUGUCGCUAACGAUUUCUACUUUCAAAAUUACUAUGAUGACCUCCCAUUUUGGGGAUUCAUUGGGAAAGUAGAGGACCGAAAUUGGACUUUUGAUGGAAAAGGACCCAACAAGUAUCUCCUCUUCAGUCAUGUUCGAUUUGAUGUUCUAUAUAAUGACAAUCAAGUCCUUGAAGCACAUGCCUUUAGUGAUCCGAAUCAUACUGUUGAUAUAACAGAUGAUAUUGAGGUUGAUGUUGAGUUCAGUUAUUCAGUGUUCUGGAAGGAGGCCCCAACUAAGCUUAAGAGCAGAAUGGUUAGAUAUUCAAAGGCUUCCCUACUUCCCCUGCUGCAGAAAGUUCAUUGGUUCUCAUUCAUAAAUUUAGUUGUUAUCACCUUUCUCCUAACAGGGUUUCUCGUCGUGGUUCUAAUGCAAUGCCUGAAGAAUGACCUUAGGAAAUUUUCUGGUGGAGAUGAAGAGGAAGAUAAGGAAGUGGGGUGGAAGUAUCUGCAUGGCGAUGUGUUCAGAUGCCCUCCAAACAUGCCUCUGUUCUGUGCCAUUAUAGGCACCGGUACCCAGUUGUUGGCUUUGAUUUGCUUCUUAUUUACAUUGUCGUUUCUUGGUGUUCUAUAUCCCUAUAACCAUGGAGCUCUCUCUACUUCUUUGGUCGUCAUUUAUACUCUUACUUCAGCAAUUGCAGGCUUCUCCUCUGGCUCCUUCUACAGUAAAUUUGCUGAAACUGGAUGGGAAAGAAGUGCUUCCUGGUGCCGUUCCUACUUCAGGGGUUCCUUCUAAACUUAGUGGCCAUGUCAUUCAGGGCCACAUCAGCAAUUCCUUUCGCGACCAUACUGGUUAUUCUUAUACAUGCCCUUGUUGCAAUCCCAUUGCUUAUACUUGGCGGUGGGGCCGGGUACCGUUUCAGGUCAGAAUUUCAUCAAGCACCUUCUUCUUCCCAGAAGAAAUCUGCAAGGGAAAUUCCCUCACUCAUGUGGCAUCAAAAGACUCCCUGUCAAAUGUUUCUGGCUGGUCUGUUGCCUUACAGCGCCAUUGCCCUUGAGUUGCACUAUUUAUAUGCUAGCAUGUGGGCCCAUAAAACAUUAACUCUCCCCGGAGUUUUAUUCGUGAUGUUCAUAAUCCUCGUCUUUCUCACUGCUGUCUUAAGUGUUGGUUUGACAUGUUUUCAGCUCACUGCUGAAGAUCAUGAGUGGUGGUGGCGGUCUAUAUUCCGUGGAGGCUCUACCGCUGCAUUUAUGUUUGCCCAUAGCAUCUAUUUCUAUUACAAAUCAAACAUGAGUGGCUUCUUGCAGACGAGUUUCUUCUUCGGCUACACGGCUUGCUUAUGUUAUGGAUUUUUCCUUGCUCUUGCAACAGUCGGCUUUCUUGCCUCCUUUGUGUUUGUUCGCCACAUUUACCGUGCAGUCAAGAGCGAAUGACCUCUUCAUAUUCUCCUCUGUCUUAGAGUAUAUGCAGAGAAUUAAUUUAUAAGAAUGGGGAAAUAUCUUUGCUGCCAUUGUUAAUGUGAAGCUAAGCAUAUUGUU